AUGGCAUUGCUUCUUGUGGUCUACAUUAUCAUUGGAUUUCUCUUGGCUUGUGUUGCAUUGAUUUACAUUACCCUAGUUCGUCCUCAAAAACAUGUCUACGAUGUAUUUAAAGUCCAAGGUAUUCCUGGUGAACCGUUUAUUCCGGUUAUCGGUCAAUUGCCUAACAUGCUUCGUGCUAGUAAGAUGGGCAAAGGAGUUGACUAUUUCAAUGAUCUUGCACACAAACACGGGUAUCGCUAUCUGGUAGGUGUUGGCCCAUUAAUACGUUUAGUUCUACUUGAGCCUGAUCUGAUCGCUGACUUCUUAGGCCGUUCAAAGUGUGAGAAUUAUCGAAAACCAAAUGAUCUAACACUCAUAGUCAAACCUCUCGCGGGUGUUCAUAAUCUUCUCAUUAGCGAAGGCGAAGAACAUCAUCGUGCACGAAAAAUGCUCAAUCCAGCUUUUCAUUUUCUUAAUCUUCGAUCUAUGGUACCAAUUAUGGUGAAUGAAACGGCAAAAGCGAUCGAUUCUAUUCUAAGUAUGUCGUCAGUAUCAGAUCGAAUCGAUGUUGAAACUCAAUUUAGUGCUUUGACUCUUUCAAUUAUCGCAUCGAGCGCCUUUGGCCAAGGUCUUGAGACGAUACCACAUGCUAAAGAGAUUAUUUGUCAAUCAUUUAAUAAUGCCAAAGAUGUAAUCGAAUAUCGAGCACUUCGAUUGAUUGGCCUCGUUCAAUUUCUCGCUGAUUUGCCAUUUUGGGGUAAAAAAACUAUCGAUGAAGCAGCGAAGAAACUGAAUGAAUUCGUCGAUCAAGCCAUUACUGAUAGACGAAAUGGAAAGUCAAAGAGUUUAUGUUCUGGCGAAGAUAUUCUCGAUCUACUCUUAUCGGCAGUCGAUGAAAAUCAUAAGGGUUUUAGUGAUCAACAAAUAAGAGAAGAAGCAUUGACUUUCGUCUUGGCGGGACAUGAAACAACAGCAACUUUGAUGGCUUGGACCUUCUAUGUUUUGAUGACUCAUGAACAAGUUUUGCAUGCAUGCCGUGAAGAGGUCGAUCGUGUUUUACCAAAUGGAACUAUGCCUGAUUUUGAGCAUUUGGCUGAUCUUCCAGUGAUUGAGGCUGUUAUCUAUGAAACUCUUCGUCUUUAUCCACCAGCACCAUUUUUUGCUCGGGAAUGUAUAAAAGAGCAUACACUUGUCAGUUCAGAUGGAAAACUUGAAAUGCACGUGCCCGUUGGAGCCAUGAUUUUGGUACACAAUUAUGCUCUUCAUCGACGUGAAGAAUAUUGGCCACGUCCUCUUGAAUUUGACUAUACACGAUGGAUGCGUGAUUCGGUAUCCGGUCUGAAACCGAAACUUCCUCAUCCGUUUGCCUUUCUUCCAUUUGCUGCAGGUUCACGCAAUUGUAUCGGACAAAAUUUCGCAAUACUUGAAGCGAAAAUCAUUCUUGCCAUGUUCGUACAACGUUGUGAGUUCAUAUUAUUACCAGACCAACACAUUACACCAGAAAUGAAAGGUGUAACCAUCAAAGCCAAAUAUGGUCUGUUUGCACGCAUUAAACAACGCCAUAGUUAG